AUGAUAGAAACAAAAGCUGAAGAAAUAAUAAAAUCGGAAAAAAAAGAAGAAGAAGAAGAAGAAAAAAAAACUGAACUUGAAGGUAGACAAAAUACUCGAAACUUUGAGUAUUAUUUCGAUGAAAGCGAUAAAAUAAUCGAAAAUAAACUGGAAAAUUUCCAACGAGAAAUAAUCCUAAAAGCCCGUAUAUAAAAAAAAGCACCUGUACUAAACCCUGACGGUUCCUACACAUUAUACUCAGGAAUGCUCUAUUUUGGUGAAUUUGAUCCAUUUUAUUAACGCACAGGUCCAGCAAUUUUAAAAGACAAAGACUAUUUUUUCGAAGGAAUUUUUCAAAACGACUUCCCAACAGGAAAGGGCAAAGAAAUUAGAAAUAAUAUUAUAUAUGAGGGUUAUUUUUUGGAUGGAUUUUACGAUGGGGAAGGUGUCUUACUUUUCCCAAAUGGCCGAAAAUAUAGUGGGAGUUUCAAAAAGCAUUAAUUUCAUGGAAAAGGUGAAUUAUUAAAUGAUGACGGUGUAAUUUUUGCCGGAAACUGGGUUAAUGGUAGUUUAUAGAUUGGAAUUAUUAAAUAUCAUGACGGUUCUUAUUAUACAGGAGGUUUGAAGUAUAGUUUUUUAAAACAUGGUAAGGGUUAAUUUUUUAAUUACGAUGCUUUUCCGCUUUAUGAUGGAAAAUGGGUCGAUGAUAGACCCAAAACAGGUAAAAUUUAUAAUUUUUGGGACUAUGGUGUUGUUUUAUAUGAAGGAGAAUUCGAAAAUUAUGCCAUUUAGGGCCAAGGAGAUAGGGUAUAUAAGGAAGGUACUUAUAAAGGGCAUCUUUUCAGGGAUAAUAAGUAAGGAAAAGGUGAGUUUUUUUACAAAGAUGGGUCAAAAUAUGAAGGUGAAUGGGUUAAUGAUAUGUAGUUUAAAGGUACUUUUUACUAUAAUAUAAAUGAUUAGGAGUUUAAUUAUAAGGGGGAAUGGAAAAACGGAUAAUAAGAAGGGUAUGGGAAACAUUAGUAUCCGUCCGGAGGUAUAUAUGAGGGGUAUUUUAAAGCUGGGAAAAGACAUGGUUUUGGAAUAUAUAAUUAUUCAAAUGGGAAUAAAUAUUAAGGAAAUUGGUAAAAUAAUUAAUAAGAAGGAGACGGGAAAUUCAUUUUUAUAGGUGAAACUUAAGGUAGUUAAGGUGAUGUUUAUAAAGGAUAAUUUAAAUAAGGAAAAUUUUAGGGAUUCGGACAUUAUUUAUAUAGAAAAUAAAUGAAAACUUUUACUGGUUUUUGGGAAAAUGAUACAUGGAAAGGUAAAGGUAUAAUUAAAAGUAUUAAUAAUAAUACAAUUUUAAAAUGCGGAGUUUGGGAAAAUGAAAAGUUUAUUAAUGAAGUUGAUGAAAAAGAACUUGAUUUUCCUGAAAAUUGGUAGAAAUAUACUAAUUUAAAUGAAUGA